UAAUGUUUCGGCCGUUCAGCUCCAAUUUCCAAUUGAUAUUCUAUAUUGUUUUAUUACGUUUUUAGAAUUAGAAUUUAGAACAGUUUUUUACUCUUUUUAUACUUUGUACCGUAUCAAACACACAUAAUGGCUCCAGACAAAAAUUCAUUGAUUGCUAAAAUCGUUAGCUAUAGACCUCCAGCACUUGACCGAAAUUCCGCGAUAAACUUCUAUGCUCCAGCCUUUGGUACAUUCAGUUAUACGGUUUUAUCUAUAAAUGUGAUGAACCCUGGACUAUUGCAAAGAAUUGUACCCAUGCCCGACCUUACCAACUUGCUGCUACUGAAUUCUUGUGUUGGAUCGGCUUUGUUCAUUUCUGGUCGUCCACAUUUAAGUGAAUCACCUUUGAAAUUGCGUGUUCUCUACAGUGCAUACGGAUCGAUCAUUUUCAAUUUGGGAUCAGUGCUGACAUGGGCUAUAGUACGCAGUUUGCUACCAAACAACUCUGUUUUGGUUACGCUGGUUGGCCUAGCUUCUGGAUGUGUUCUUACAUGCUGUGGUAAAGCUUAUUUAAAUCUUAAUGACGAAAAUGUAAAAAAAAAUAAAAAGUAAGCCUACUUACACUUUUAGAAAUGUUGGAAGUAAUAGUAUGUUGUGUGUAGAAAAUAAAUUCCAAUUUUGUACUAUACCUAUUUAAA